AUGGUACCGCUCGUCCUCGCCGCGGCGGCGGUGUACAGGCACGUGAGCGAAGAAGAGUGGGGUGCAUCCAUUGCAAAGACGUUUUAUUGGUUGAAUGACGUUCCUGGAGCGGACAGUACGGCAGAAGAGAACUGGAAAAGUGUUGUCGUCGCACAACUGAUUGUGUUUUGUGGGAUGUUCACCUUUGCAAUUUUAAUCGGCGUUGUGUCUGACGAAAUCGCGAGCAAGGUUGACGAGGUAAAGACGGGGAACAGUAAGGUGUUCGAACAGAAUCAUACCGUAAUAUUGAACUGGAAUGAGCAGUUGAUUCCGUUACUGAAACAAGUCGCCGUGGCAAAGAGCGAAGGGAUUGGUUUCGAAAGGCCGGUGGUUUUACUGGCUAACAGGGACAAGGAGGAGAUGGACGCCACCAUUGAAGAUGAACUCCAGGAUAGUCCUCCGCUGACCGUCGUAACUCGCUCGGGUCAAGCUCAUAAUGCUGAAGACUUGGAUCGAGUGAACGCUUGGGCGGCCGAGCGGGUCGUGGUGUUGCACGAUGACGGCGAGAACGAGGACACUGUCGAGAGCCAAAAGGCGGCGGCGGUGUUGAAUUUGCGUUCUGGCGGCGGCAUCACAGGCGGAAGUAAAUUAUUUGAAGAUCUCAUGCUUCAAUCCAACGAUAGUUCUGAGUUUUACACGUAUUCGCACCCAAGUCUAGCGGGUAAGACAUUCCAGGAAGCCUGGAGAAUGUUCAACACGACUACACUGGUCGGAAUUACCAACGCAGAAGGCAUGAUCCUUGGUCCGAGCGAGACUGACGUCAUUGGACCAAGCGGGGCAGUCACCGUCGUGGCAGACAACAAGUCCACGAUCGAAGCAGAUAUUGCGAAGCGGAAAGGGUCCAAUAAAAACGAGAAUAUUCCUCCUCCGGGAUCACAGCACUUGACAAUGCUUAGAUGCCCGGUCCGGAUGCCGGCUCCCCGCAAAGUUGUCAUGCUCGGUUGGAACGAGGAGAGUUCUAGUGUGCUCGAAGACAUGCUAGUCUUAGCUCCACCUGGCUCGAGUAUAACCCUCAUCAACAAUUAUGAGCUCGAUAAAAGUAUUUUAAAAGGGAACACGAAUUGCAACGUGAAACACGUGGCCAUGGACGCCCAGAAGAGAGCGACGUUGGAACAAAAUCGUGUGCACGAAGCGGGAGCGGUUUUGAUCAUGCCCCCAACAGAUAGCGACGACGCAACGCAAGACAGUCACGCACUGUCAUCAAUCAUGCAAGUCGCGUAUUUAUCAAAAAGAGCUGACACGGGUCACGCUCCUCAUAUCGUCUCUGAGUUGUCGAGUGAAGUGGCAAAGAGGGUGGCUGAGGAUAUGUAUGCUGGCAUCGGUACGGUUGACGUGAUUUUACACGACAAUCUCAUAGGCGGCGCGCUUCUUCAAGUUUCUGCCAACACCAAACUCGCUGGUUUGUUUGACUAUCUGCUCGAAAAGCAGGGCAAAGAGCUGUACAUGCGCAUGUACAAUGAAUUUGUCACUGAAAAUGACGCCGAAGUGUACUGGGGAACGAUUUGCGAGCGCGCUCGCGAACGGGACGAAAUCGCGUUGGGCAUCAUGCGCGCUGAUGGUGAACUCGCCAUUUCUCCGCGAAAGGACAAACGAGUCAGACUGAAUCCGGGUGAUCAAGUCGUCGUGCUCGCGGAGGAUUGGUGGACGCCUACGAGCGUCAAAGCCAAGCAAAGUUAG